AUGGCACGGGCCGAAACGCCAGCGUCAGCGCCAUUGAUCAUGCACUGGGUUUUUGGAGGCCGCGCACUGGAGAGAACUUACUUUGUGACAGUUUUCCAUUGUGAGGUCAGGAGGAGCCAGAUAAUGACUUACAGCAGCAUGACCCAGCGACAGGACAGCUGGAUGCUGGACCUCUACUCUGACCUCUACUCUGACCUCUACUCUGACCUCUACUCUGACCUCUACUCUGACCUCUACUCUGACCUCUACUUUGACCUCUGCUCUGACCUCUGCUCUGACCUCUACUCUGACCUCUACUCUGACCUCGACUCUGACUUUCUGCAUAAGUGA